CCUUUGGGUGUCGGUCUGGCUCUGAAAGUGAAAACAAACUUCAGGGCUGCCCGUUUCAGGGAGGGAAAGCGCCACAUGUUUCGUUUCUCUUUUGUUUCCGCUCCGGGAGCCCAGUGAUGCGUAAAGGGAGCGGGCGAGAGCCGCCUUCCCAAGCGGGGCAGCAGGAGGAGCGCGCAAGUUCUCCGCGCCGGGCUUGAAGCCAAGGAAACUCCGGCGGGAAGGCCGAGCAAGAAGCGGCAGACGCUGCCGCCGCCCGGUGCAUGCGGGGCGCCUCGCAGGAGACCUGCGAACGGGAGUCCGGAGUCCGGGCGCCGCCAGCCGCCCUUGGAGCGAGGGGCUUGAGGUGCAUCUCUCCCGCUUUCUCCUGAAGCAUGUGGGGCUGAAGCAGCGAUUUCCCUGCAACCCCCGGAGCAAUAAAUAAACAUGGAGGCGACGGCUGCUACUGCUGCUGCAGAAGAGAAGCCAGGUGGCGAGGAGCAGAGCCCCCCGGGCUCCGGCGCGGAGGCCCCGGCGGAUUCCUCCAUGGACGCCUGCCUGCGAUCUCAGGGGUUGUACCGCAAGCGAGUGGCGAAGGACGGGUCGUGCCUCUUCCGAGCCGUGGCGGAGCAGGUGAGUGCGCAAGGUCUCCCUUUGCAAGCGGGGGGCGCGAGGGUCGUGAGGCGGCUUUGUUCGGGGAGAGGGUCUCUCUCCCUCCUCUCCGAGGUGCAGCUAGAAUCCCCUGGGAAGGAGGACUUUGACCUGCCGGCGCGCGUCGGCUGUCUAGCUGCAGGCGGCGGAGAAAGCCGGGGGAAACGAGUUGGUGGAAGUUUUUUGCGGAUCUGGGCUGCGCGGUCUCCAGGGCCAAACGCCAGCGGUUAGGGGCGCAGCCGCCCAAGGAAAGAAACCCGUCCGGGAAAAAGAAUCUACGUGUGGAAAGCGGAGUUGAGCGCCCUCCGCGAACUUGUUGCACUGUUGAGAGAUUUGCUAGUUGCCUUUUUCUAGUUUCGAGGGAAACGAUUCUCUUUCCUCCCCUGCUCUUUGGUCACCUUCCGACAAGUUGUUUCGGUUGCACCUCCCAUGUUUAUUAUGUUCCCAACUCCAAUUUUGUAGACUUCUAUUUAAAAUUUGCCGGUAAACGAAAGGAGACACGAUAGUUAUCCUUCUUUUUGUAUAUGCUUGAUGGGAUGCUUGUAUAUUAUUUAUAUACGAUGGUGAAAGCGGAAAAAAACACGUUAAACUUCGGUCUCCUUAAGUGCGUAGCCUGAAAACGCAAAACGCCUUGCCUCUGGUCUGCUUUAUUUCAGUUGUGGCUCAGCCGACUCGUGGAUCAUUUAUGUCCAGACUGGAAUAUGGCAUUCGGCCUGGGGGAAAUGGGUGCAACGCUGUCUGGCUUGCACAGUGCAAAACACCCCCAGGGCUGCUUUGAAAUUAGGUCAGCUUCCUGUCGCUAUAAUGACUCUGCACCUUCCCAAAGCUGAAUGUAGGGGACUUUGCUUGUGCUUAGUAAUACUUCCACUUCUAGGGGCAGUUGUGGGCGAUGGGGGGGGGGCACAGGGUUGGGCUGUAUUGUCAGAUUGAUUCCUGAUGCUUAUAACUGAAUCACUUCUGAGAACACGUUUUUUUUAAAAAAAAAACACCAUAAUUUCCAAGUUAGAUUGUUGCAACAAAAAGUCUUGUGGUACCUUGAAAAGGCUGGCAAUGUAAUUUAUAGCCUAAGCUUUUGUGAAGUCCAUUUCAGCAGAUGUUUUAUGCCGUAACAAUUUCAUUAGUCCUUUUAAGGUGCCGCAAGCCUCCUGGGUUGGCUUAUCAGGGUUGUCAGGGAGCAGCUGAGUGAAUUAAGAACUCCUGAUCAGCCUUUCUCCACCUGUGGGUCCCCAGAUGUUGUGAAUUAAUUAGGAAUCAGGUGAGUGUCUCUGGCUCUUUCUUCCCCUCCCCAGUAUGGGAAGAAGGACAGAACUGAACGACUUCGCAGGAUUGUUGUAAGGACAGCAUAAUAUGUGUGCAGUGAUUUGAAGCCUCUGAAGGACUAAAUAGCCUUGUAAAAUAAGCCCACGAAGAAGGCUGGCAGAGGGAAGGGAGUUGUAUUUCUGUAUUGGGCACCAAGGAGGGUUUUUUUCUACUCUAGCAGGCUGCUUUGUUUCUGUGCUAGACCAUCCCUCCUGCCUAUUGACUCACUUUUUUUGGGGGGGGGCAAAAAGUUAUUGAGCUUUUUUGGGGAGAUCAUGGGUAAAACUCCCCCCCUCAAAAAAGGAACAUUAUAGGUGGGGGCAUGCUUCUGCUGGGGGAAGCAGAACCUCAGUUAAUUGAGCAUUUUUAAUGCUUUUCACUGGACGUGGGUAGUGCUGUGGUGUAAACCACUGAGCCUUGGGCUUGCCGGUUGGAAGGUUGGCGGUUCAAAUCCGUGUGACGAGGUGAGCUCCCGUUGUUUGGUCCCAGCUCCUGCCACCUAGCAGUUUGAAAGCACGUCAAAGUACAAGUAGAUAAAUACCAGUAGGUACUGCUCCAGCGGGAAGGUAAAUGGCGUUUCCGUGCACUGCUCUGGUUUCGCCAGAAGUGGCUUAGUCAUGCUGGCCACAUGGCCCAGAAAAACUAACUGUGGACAAACGGCGGCUCCCUCGGCCAGGAAAGCGAGAUGAGAGCCACAACCCCAGAGUCGUUCGCGACUGGACUUAACGAUCAGGGGUCCUUUACAUUUACUAAUGCUUUUCAAUGCAUUUUGGGGAUGGGAGGGGGGUCAGCUAUAUACCACAAUACAAAACCAUGUAAAAAGAUUGAAUUGAGCAACGACGUCACGCAACAUAACAUUCUUAAAAUAUUUUUUCUGAACUCUUCUCUCCACUCUUAAAGCUGUGAUCUGGGAGAAGCUAUUGCUCAUUGCACUUGACUGAGGGUGGUGAGGCUUUCUUUUUGUGCCCUUCUUUGCUGUUCCAACUGAGGGAACUGGUAGGACACUGAGGCAGUCAUAGUUGUCAAAGUGAGAUGGAGCAGCAAGGUAUUAUAGCUGCAUCUCUUAUGUCUUUCAGACUGCAGGGGUGUGUUCAUGUGGGAAAUACCAUUUUCAGUGUCUCCCUAAACUUGAGAAAUAAAACCCACAUAACUAAGCAAAAGCAUGGACACACUUUUCACAGAGUGCCUCCCCCCCCCAAUUUAAAUUUGGGUGGUCUACUCUUCCAUUUCAGACUCCACAUGUGCAGAUCAGCCCUCAGUUUUUGCUGUAUAUUUGUCUUUUAUUUUGCCUUUACUACUAGCGCAGCAGCUUUUUGACUCCUUACGUUUGAGUGCAUGAGCAUAUGCAAGUUUGAAACUCAGUAUUGUGUCUGUUCAUUGGUACCAGUUCAUUAAACACCUUGUUGUUGUUGUUUUUAUCUGACUCCUCUAGGUUUUCCAUUCCCAGGCUCAACAUCUGGAUAUUAGGAUGGCCUGUAUACACUUCCUGCGGAACAACAGAGAGCAUUUUGAAGCGGUAAGCAAGCGAUGUUUUCAUUGUGCAGGGUGUCUUAUCAGGGGCAGUGCUGUUUCUCACGGCUCUUGCUUUGUGGGUGUACGCCAGCUUGGCAAAAAAUAAAAUAAAAUGCUGGCUUGGGCUGAUGAGGGUUGUAGUCCGAAAUGGAGGGUACCAGGUUAGUGAAGGUUGGUGUAAACAACUGUUUCCUUUCCCACUCUCCCUGGGUCUACGCUCCUUCCAACACACUCUGGCUAAGGGCCCCUUUGUUUUGAUUUGAUCAGAUGGUUUAUAGUUGCAGGACAUGGGCUGAAGACACAUGAUGCAGUCAUCUCUCAAUGCAAGCUAAGCGGGUCUGAAUCUGGUCAGUGCCUGGAGGAGACGCAGCCAGGGAAACCCCCUUGUACUUUGCCUUGAGUUCCACAAUGGGAAGAGAUAAAUGAACAUAGUAAAUUAAUAAGUGCUCUAAAUAAAUGCAGUGUGGUGUAGUGGUCAGAGUAUUAGACUAGGACCUUGGAGAUCGGGGUUCAAAUCACCGCUCAGUCAUGAAGCUCAUUGGAUGAUUUUUGGGCCAGGCACUUCUUCCCAGCCUAAUUUACCUUACAGGGCUGUUGUGGUACCUCGGUUUACGAACUUAAUCCAUUCCGGAAGUCGGUUCUUAAACCGAAACCGUUCUUAAACUGAGGCGCGCUUUCCCUAAUGAGGCCUCCCACCACCGGUACCCUUCCACCAUUCGGAGUCUGUUCUUAGACCGAGGUAAAGUUUGCAAACCGGGACACUACUUCCGGUUUUGCGGAGUUCAUAAACCGAAUUGUUCAUAAACAAGGCUGUUCUUAAACCGAGGUACCACUGUAUAGGUGUGGCUUUUGUAAAUACUUCAUCUGAGUCAGCUUUUUUCCCAGGGCACUGGAACUUGUUCUGAGGGGGUGUCCAAAUACCGUGAAACCAGCAUUCCUGUCUGUACAGCUGCUGCUGGCAUUAGAUUGCUUGCAUGCAUUCUUAACAGUGUAGCUGCAUUUUCUCCAGUUAUUGUCGAUUACUUUGUUAUGAACAAAAGCAAUACACAUGUACGUACACACAUAUACAUAUUGUAGCUGUAUGAUGUGUAUCUUCCUAAUGUGGCAAGAUUUGUAUGGUUAACCUGCUUACUUUGGCACACCUGCCAGAAGCUUGUCAUCUGAAUGCAUCUCUUAGAUACUUGUCAGUCCCAAGCUCAAAGCUUGGGAGCUUCCUCAAAGAGGGCCCAUGGUUCCUCCAUCCAGUGUGGCCUGAGCUGCCUUGGGGAUUUUCACAUCUGCAUUCCUGUGGAGGAGGAGGAGGAGGAGGAGGAGGCAGUGCGUGGCCUGGUGUAUCCUCAGAUGCUGCCAGGAAGAGUUUGCUGUGAUUCUCGUGGCCUUGGCAAUACUUUGUCAAGUUGCUUCGAUAGUGGAGAUGGCCACUCUGGAAUGCAUCAGAUCACUUUGAACAUCUGUUGUGUCUUCCAUGCAAAUUGUGUGGCUGGGGGUGUUUUGCCUAUGUGAACUGUUCUAGGCUUAUUAUUUUUUACAUUUUGAAUUGAAUAGUAGACUAUUUUCGUCUGUGGCUGAUUAAGUGUUAUGUUGGAGAAGAAGAAUCGACAUAACCUUUUGUACAAAACUGUGAUUGUUGCAGCCUUUAUGAGUAAUUUGCUGAGGUAGGCUAUUUGCUAGGCAGGACUGCAUUACAGUAGGGAUAGCAACAGUGGCUAGAGUGUUGUUGGACUAAGGCCUGGGAGACCAGGGUUCAAAUACUCAGCCAUGAAACUCACUGGGUAAUCUUGGACCAGUCACUUGCUCCCAGCCUAACUACCUCACAGGGUUGUUGUGAGGAUAAAAUAGGGCAGUGGUGUCCAAACUUUUUUCAAAGAGGGCCAGUUUUCAUGAAGUGAGGGGCUGUGAGGGCCAACCAAAGUUGUUGACCUUUUUGGGGGAUUUUACCCCAGGAAGUAAACUGCCAUGGGCCGGAUUAAACCGACCAGCGGGCUGGAUUAGGCCCCCAAAACAGACUUCGGACAUGCCUGAAAUAGGGAGGAGGAUAACUAUGUAUGCCACCUUGAGCUCUUGGGAGGAAAGGUGGGAGAGAAAUACAGUAAAUAAUAAAUAAAAGCAGUGAAAAAGUUACUGAAGGCUUUGUUUUGAUACGCAGCAUUGAAUUUGUACCAGGCCUCAGCUCUGACAUCUGUUUUUAAUCCCAGCAUUUAACCCUGGAACAUAUGAAGUUCCUCUGAGCAGGUGCAGAGUGCAUUUUCCUUCCCCCUUAAAUCUGAGACUAGAGCAGCAGGUGGGGAACCUAUUUUUAACUUUUUAGUAGCUGCGUACCAGUGGUUGGCAGAAAGUGUGUGGAACAAUGACUGUGACUUCUGCUUUUGUAUGGCAGGCUACAUUCUAGCCAUGGAGAAGGCAGAGGUUUCUAUACACAUAGGACAUGUGAACACACCUGUCUAGGGCAGCAAGAGGCAUUAUCACAGUUAAAGGACACGUUUUAGCCAAAUAAAAGCACCCAAGGAUGUUACAGACCAGGGAAUCGUGAAGGCUGAAUCAGCAAACCUUGAGGGUUGCAUUCAGUCAUAGAAUCAUAUAAUUGGAAGGGACCAAAGGGUCAUCUAGUCCAACCCCCUGCAAUACCAAUGUGGGGCUCGAACCGCUGACCAUGAGAUUAAGAGUCCCUGGGCCUCUGAGGGUCCCCUGCUCUGGAAAGGCUUUCAGAUCACACAGUGGGUUUCCAGACAGAGAUGAACUUUUUCUGGAAUUAUGUCAAAGCUGUUUCACCACAAUGCUGCUAACAAAUUCUUUUCAUUGUUAAUAUUUUACAGUUUAUAGAGGGACCAUUUGAAGAAUACCUGAAGAGUCUUGAAAACCCUCAGGUAUGUGUUGUUGGAUUAAGUAUGCAGUGUGUGAUGUAAAGCACACUUCUUGACUGCAGCUGGCUCAUCUGUUUCUCCUAAAUAUUAAUCCUGAAGUGUGCACAAGCUUUUCUUGUGUCUUGGUGUUACAUGUGAUGUGCUCUUCACAAGCCCUGCUAAAAAAAUUAUUUGAGUCUGUCUGGGUGUUUGUGGAAUUUGCAAAAGGGGUAAUAACAGUACCAUUACCCCAUAUUGAUGGUGAAGGAACACACGUUUUGAAUUGCACAGACUUUGCUGGUCCCUGCAAGUAGGAAUUCAGAAACCGUUUUGCUCUGUCCUUAGCUAGCUUUAGCAAGCUGCCAAAGAUUUAAAGGAGAGGAAAGCCUCUAAUAGUAUCUAAAUGUAGGCAUUUACUGUUGAGAUUGCCAUAUUCAUUUGGGUAAACCAGGGGCCAGCAACCUUUUUCAGCCAUGGGCCAGUACACCAUCCCUCAUACUAUGUGGUGGGCCGGAAUAUAUUUUGAAAAAAAAUAUGAACGAAUUCCUAUGCCCCACAAAUAACCCAGAGAUGCAUUUUAAAUAAAAGGAAACCUUCUACUCAUGUAAAAACAUGCUGAUUCCCGGACCAUCCGUGGUCUGGAUGGAGAAGGCGAUUGGGCUGCAUCCGGCCCCCGGGCCUUAGGUUGCCUACCCCUGGGGUAAACAAUGAACGCAUCAACAAUUAAAAAACAGCAAGAUACAGACCAGGCUUUUCACAAAAGGAAGUCCUUCAAUAGGCAGUACAGUAGAAAGAUAACAGAGGUUUGACACCUGCCAGAUAUGUAGCUUGGGUGGGUCUGAGUUGCCAACUUGGUCUGAGUCCUAUAGACCGCCUAAUCAAAUAGGCCAGUUGAUUAAGUCAAUGUCCUGUGUGCACUGUUGGACACAUGGAAAACAGUUUGUGGAAGAGGGGUGCCAAGCAUUGGUAUUGGGGGCUAAUCCACACACCCCCAAAUAUUUUGCAUAAUAUACUUCACGGAGGAUGAGGUUAUGUGGAAGCUGGGAAUAUUCAUUCAGCUGGAUUGAAAUGACUUUUAAAUUUUCAUUUCAUACCCCUGAAUAUAAUUCUGAUGAGCUGCAGCAAAUGCACAUUAGCCGAGGUACGAUGAAACUUUUAAAAUGUUAGUCUGUUGCUGGUAAUUUGAUGUGUGUUCUUGAGCAACUUGGUGACUUUCCACUGGGCUUGUGGAGAAGAAGCUCUUGGUGGGCUGUGUUCUAACUUGAUGUAAAAAGUAUUCUUCCUUAGUGGUGGUUUUUCAUUGCAAUUCCCCCCCCCCCUUUGAUAUAGGAAUGGGUCGGACAAGUGGAAAUAAGUGCCCUUUCUCUUAUGUACAGGUAAGAAAUACUUCUACGUUUUCCUUCAGUAUGAAUCAAAGGAGACAUUUGGCUACUGUGAAGAAUUAUUGUUCAAGAAUUUGGCAACAAUUGACGUCGCCAUUUUCUUAGUGGAUAUAUAUGGUUCUGGGACUGUUUGGAUGUGGAUGAUUGUACUGUUAAUGAUAUUGUACUGUUAAUUUUAUUUUAAAACCUGUUAUUAAUACAUUUUCCCCCUUUGCAUAUUCUUUUAGAAAAGACUUCAUAAUAUAUCAGGAACCAAAUUCUGCUCCUUCGCAUGUAACUGAAAAUGGCUUUCCUGACAAGGUAAGAGAAGUGCUAAUAUUGGCAAACUUGCAGCAGAAUAGUUAGGGCAGAGCUGGUGUGGCAUGUUUUGCCAUGUGGGGCUAAUGGCAUGCUACCUCUGAGCCCAAAGCCAAGAGUACAGCAUUAUAACAAUACAGUGGUACCUCAGGUUACAAACUUAAUUCAUUCCGGAGGUGCAUUCUUAACCCAAAACCGUUCUUAACCUGAGGUGCGCUUUUGCUAAUGGGGCCUCCUGCCGCCGCCGUGCGAUUUCCGUUCUCAUCCUGGGGCAACCCAAGGUACUACUUCUGGGUUCGCGGAGUUUGUAACCCGAGGUGUUUGUAACCUGAGGUACCACUGUACGUGCUUGGCUUGGGUUAAGCUUGCUUAGCUUAGGGUCUUGAAGCCAGACUAAAACGUUGUGUUGUUAGUUUCUCCUGCAUCUUGAAAAUAAAUAGCAGCAGCUUCUAUGUUGGAUUUGAAUCAGGGCUGGAGAGGAAACUCCUUCCCGCUGUCACUUUUCCUAGUCUUAAUGCUAUUUCCCAUACUGGGGAGGCAACUUACAAGUAUUGUGCAGUAGCACUGAGCAAUUUUUUUUGGUUCUGUUUAUUUUUUGUGUUUGUUCUGAAACUUAAUAACAAUUUCAUUUUUUUUAAAAAGCAGCCCUGUGCCUAUGGCUGAAAUCUUGGCUUGGGGAUGUGAUGUUUGAGGCAGGGGAGGAGUGUUAACCCUCCUCCUCUGAUAUCAGCUUCCCAAUCUGAAUUCUCCGCCCCACCCAACAAACCUGCUAUCAAUAUUCUAAAAAUUCUUAUCCUGGAUUGUCUACAUAUCUGAUCCUAAUAAAAUUCAAGUCAACACACUUCUGUUGGGUUUCCUCUACUGCUUGAGUAUAUCCAGGAAGCAUAGACAGUAUUCAACUAGUUAAGUAUAGAGUCUUGAAACAGUUCUACUUGCUAAAUGUUUCUUUAAAAUUGCUUUGUAGAGGUAUUUGUUGAUUUGGUUUUUUGGUCAGUGUGUUGGUUUCUGAUCGUACUGUUUCAAUAUUAUUCUUCUGCUUCCUCUUAGGUAUUGCUGUGUUUCACCAGUGGAAGCCACUAUGAUAUUGUCUAUCCAGUAGAAUACACGGUCAAUGCUGCUCUUUGCCAGUGUAAGUACUGAUAUUUUGGUGAGCCUUGGCAGACCCAGCUGAAGCUUCACGUUCCCACGUUUCUUGGAGGCAACCAUUUCCAGUGCUUACUUGCCUUCAAACUGCAGCAUGGUUUGAAGGCACAACUUUCUGUGUCUUGUUUUGGUUUGAAGGUGGCCACCUUGUGGAAAGUAAGUUUGGGUCUGGACAGUGUCUGGAUGGGAGACCACAUGGGAAUCCAUGUAUGUCACCUUGAGUUCCAUGUUGGAAGCAAGGAGAAAUAUAAAUAUAAUAAAUAAGAGGCAGUGGAAUGGACUGCAAGCUGUAUAGAUAUGCUGAAGUUUUACCCAGAAAGUGAAUUGUAGUAUUUCUCCAAAAGUACACACAAACCGAAGAGUAAUUGUUGCCUGCUCAUGCCAAAUGUGGUUAUCCAAACACAGCCCUUGACUCGUUAAUCAGCUGAGUUUUGGCUACUUUCCCAGAUUGCUUAACUCCCUUGAAGAAAUCUGCAGGACACAUUGGCAGCAUCAAUACCUCUCAGAUAGUAUCCUUGAUGCCUAAUUUCAACAUGUAUUUAAAACUCUGUAAAAUGAUGUCGCAUGUAGAACUGUUUCAAGUAUGAUUGCUUAACCCUGACAAAUGCUGUUUCGUUGCCCUGAUUAGCUAUUCUGUAUGAAAUGCUGUAUGAGAAAGUGUUCGGCAUCGAUGUGAGUAAAAUCUUAAAAGAACUCAGCCCUCCUGAAGUGACUAAGGAUGCCGACGGAAACAGUGAAGCGUCUGAUUCAGAGGACGGAGACAUGGAGUAAGUCUACAAAUUCAGCGUUAAAAAGCACAGGGAGGAUAAUGUUAGCUGAGAUGUUUGAUGCCUGAUACGGGGAUUUUUAAUUUUUUUUAAAAUACGGUGUUUCUAAAAAACAAAGCAAAAAAUUAGUAGCAACACCUGGUUCUUCCACUAUGUCUGCUCAGAAGACAUAAAAAAUUCAAACUUUUACAGAAUCUGUAAAAAACAACAACUGGAUGCUUGCUGAAUGGUUGCUUGCAAGUCUGAUUUCAGGAGCCUGGUCAAACCAAAAUACUUACAUUUAUAAUAAAUUGGUCCUACUAAUGUCAGCGAAUCUGGAAUGGAUUGUCUUGCCACAUUCAAUUGAUGUUUGCUGCUUUCAUAAGGGCAAAAUAUUUAACACCUUACCUGGCAGCCAUAGGUGGCCAGGAGUUCCAUCCCAGAGAGUAAGUGGCUUGGCUUUCUCUAUGCUACACUGGGACAUGAAGUCAGCUUCCUUUGUCCCCAGUGCACUUGACAGAAGGCAGAUUUAUUUAGUAGCCUGUGUUUCCAUGGUUUUAGCCUCUUAGCAGGCUAGCAAAAAAAUCUGUAUGUUAGUAAUGUUUGUGAACUUAUUUACAAACCUGGGUGAUAGUGUCAAAACAAAAAUACGGAGUUUGUUGCAAAAAAAUAUUUCUUAUACCUUUGCUCCUCACAGAAGUGAAGUGGCUGCAGCAAAUCAUACCAAUGGGUUGAAGCCACCUGAAGGCAAACAGGUAUAUUGCUUUGAUUUUUGUUCUUUAGUUUCUUUCAUUUACCUAUAAAGUUCUGUGUCUUUGUGUCAAUGUAGCUGAGAAUAUUACCAUUGGUGUUAAGGAGCUUGACUUAAUUUCACCCAGGGAAUGCUAGCUGGCAUAAGGUGUAAGCCAGAGAAAUUUCAGUGCACUGAUGCUAAUGAGUGCAACGCCAUAGUUCACGUUACUAAGGCUGUACUCCUACAUGCACUUAACUAUUUAGUGUAGGGUUGCCAACACAACUAUCGUGGUACACAUGUGCCCACAGAGAUCUUCCAUGGUGCCCUGUAGUUUUCCUUCCCCAUGAAAGUAGGCUUGAAAGAAGCAUUAUUUUUUUCUUCAGCCAGUAGAAUAGGUUUCAUUGUGUGAGUUGUGGCCACAACAGUUUGUUCCGGUUUGCAAAUGUGUCCUCAGACCCCCGCAAAGGUGAGUGACGUCUGCAUUAGGAACCAAGCCUCACUGAACGCCUCACUACUUGCAUCUGAGUAAUCACAGGCUUGUGCUGCAAACUGCAUUUAUUUUUGGUGGAAUGCAAUUUCUCUGAUAAUACCUUUUAUUUGCUUUUGAGGAAAAAUAUAGGUUGCUUCUUUAGUCUGACUCUUAAACAUCUGGUCAGAAAAAAUGGGGGGGGGGGAUGUAUUCUGGUUGCUAAACAGUGUUUUAUGUAUUAAGGCCUUGGUAAUGCUAUGCUGUGCGAAUCAGAGCUAUAUCAGGCUACUUUGUUUGCCUUAUUACAAUGGAUUUUCUGCUGUCUAGGAAUUUUUAUAAAGCUAUAGUUGGAGAUCCUCUCAUGUAAGAAUCUAAAAAUCAAUAAACAGUAAGCCUGUAACCUAUAUGUAUUUAACUUGUGCACAUUCUGCUUUACACACUUGGCUAAAUGAAUGAAUGGGGAGCAGAAAGGGGGUGACUGGCCAGGAAAAAAGGCUUUAGAAAUCCUACCCACCAUUGCAUCCAAUGUGUUUUGGCUAUAUAUGAUUUUGGCUUUAGUGACCCCGGAAUGUAAGUUGUGGUCUUACUGUGUUGCAAACAGUACUUGCAUUUGUGCCCAAGCUUGUUCAUAUCUGUGCAAAAAAAUAGAUUUUUGAAAUAUUAAGUGGUAUGAAUACUUUUAUAUAAAGAAAUACGUAAAGACAAAUAUUCCGUUGUUGCAAUGGAUAUUCUUUUCUUCCUUAAUUUUUUAAUGUAUUUUUUAUUAAAUUCUUCCUUAUUUCUAUUACACAGCAGCUUCACAAACGUGGAAGAUCCAACUCCCUUACCUUGCCUAGAGGCGUUCUUAGGUCACUGAAUCCGUCAGUCUACCAAAAUAUUGAAUAUGAAGCCUGGCAGCAGUCAAAACGAGGUGAGCUUCGUAGUUUGAAAUCAUUUUCUUGGUGCAAGAAGAGCAUCAAGCAUUAUUCUGUGCUCACUUGCUAGUGUAUAAUGACGUAUUUUCUUUUUGUGCUUGCAGAUCAGCAAAAGCAAGAUUUCUCUAUUGCUGCUGGCAUGCAGUAUUCAGUUGGCGAUAAAUGCAAAGUAGGUGACGUUGAAUGUGAGCCAAUUCCACUUAACUACUGUUUCUUUCCUCAGUCUUGUGUGCCACUGUGGGGUUGCCACUUCUUUUCUUGAUAGAAGUUUUGUGCCUUUAAAAGCAGAAGUGCAAGGCUGAAAUCAAACUGGGCUCCUCCUCCGGCAUGGAAAUUCAGUGCUGAGGGAAGCUGCUGAAAUGAAAGUCCCAGAACCUCUCUGGAACAAAAAGGUGGCAAUCCUUCUUAUAGUUCAUCCUCAUCCUUCUCUUCCCACUCUGCUUCCAAAUGCUGGUCCUUUUUGAAAGUGCCAGUGAUCACAGCACCAAGCGUUGCACUUGAUGACGAUCAGCACAGUGCUUUUGCCUGCUGCAGGCAAAGGAAAUUGUGUCACCUGAUGUCAAUUUGAUGCCAAGUAAGCAGCCCCCCCUCUAAUAAUAAUAAUAAUAAUAAUAAUAAUAAUAAUAAUAAUAAUAAUAAUUUAUUAUUUAUACCCCACCCAUCUGUCUGGGUUUCCCCAGCCACUCUGGGCUGCUGCCAACAAAAAGUCAAGUCAAGGUUAGUCUUCACAGGCUGAUGUGAGAUAAGAAUCCGUCCUGUCAGAUCCAUUUCCCCACUCCUGGGAUUACCGUAACAAGGGUUCUGUUCUCCUAAACAGAAUUACUACCUCCAUAAUUCUCCUUUUUGCAUCUCGCAGAACUUCCAGGUAUUAGUAGGAAACAGUGUUUUGACUUGGAUGUGGUUUUGAAUAUUAAAAUGCCAGGCAAAAAAGUCCAUAAGGUGGAGAAUGUGUAGUACCUGUGCUGGUUGUAGUCCCAUCUGCACUAUAAAUCUAUAAAAAGUAUCAUGCCACUUUAAACAGUUGUGGCUUCCCAAAAAGAAAAUCAUGGGAAGCGUAGUUUAAGGGUCCUGAGAGUUGUUGGGAGAUCCCUAUUUCCUUCACAGAGCUACAAUUUGCAGAGUUCCCUGGGUGGAGGGAUUAUCUGUUAAACCACACUGUAUUUCUGUGAGGGGGAUAGUAGUCUCCUAAUGACUCUUGGGACCCAUAACAACCUUUACUUCCCAGGAUUCUUUGGGGGAAGCCAUUACUGUUUAAUGUGGUAUGAUGCUGCUCUAAAUGUAUAGCCCAGGUGGGGAUUGUGGCUCAUCUGUGAGUUUUGCUUCCAGGCCAGUUAAGUCUUUGCCCCUCACUAUAGUAGGACUGGGUUGUAAGGGAUGCAGAUAGGCGAGCUGAUAGCAGGAAUUUGUGUGGGGCUGCUGAUAUGACUUAACACAAGGGAAAGCAGUGUUAUUCCUUAUGUGGUCCCAAGGGGAGAUCUAUGGAUCUGCUUUGUGAAAGGUUCCAGGAUCUCUCAAACUGUAUUAAGUUACUUCUCUCUUCUUGGCAUCUAUCAGUACUGCUUCUACUUGAUACUGGCAAAGUGGUUCAGGAGGAGAGACAUUAUUUUACAGAAACAUUUCCUUUCCUCUUCAUUACUCCAUAGGUGCGUUUAGACCAAAGUGGAAGAUUCUAUAAUGCUCACAUCCAAGAAGUCCAGUCUCCAAACGGGCCAGUUGUUGUUUUUGUGGAAGAGCUUGGUGCCAAGUAAGUGAAACAAUGUCAUUUUCUGCCUAGUCACACGUCUUGGUGACUGGUGACAUAGGGGCAAAAAAAUGACAGUAUGUGCACUAGUCAAUACUAGAUUCUUUUGAAUCAGUCUCCAAAAUCUGCAGGUAUUUUUGCAGGCUUUGUGUCUGCCUGACUUCUAUCAAAAAGAGCAAAGGCAAUACUGCAAACUAGCUCCGAACUGUGUUUCUAUUUGAUUUCCUCUGAGGGGGUAGGGAAGCUGUGGUCCUCCAGACGGUGUGGGACUCCAACUCCCAUUAUUCCCAGCCAGCAUAGCCAGUAGAUGGGGACAAUGGGAGUUGUAAUCCAGCCACUACUGGUUCCCCAUCCUUGUCCUAAGAUGCUUUUGGAAGUGAGCCCAAGCGCUAUGGCAACGGUGUCUUUAAAUACAACUGCAUAAAAUGGUAAGAAGGACCAUGGUGAGCUCCCGUUGCUCGGUCCCUGCUCCUGCCAACCUAGCAGUUCGAAAGCACGUCAAAGUGCAAGUAGAUAAAUAGGUACCACUCUGGCAGGAAGGUAAACGGCAUUUCCGUGCGCUGCUCUGGUUCCCUCGGCCAAUAAAGCGAGAUGAGCGCCGCAACCCCAGAGUCGUCCACGACUGGACCUAAUGGCCAGGGUUCCCUUUACCUUUUACCUUUAAUGUGGUAACAUUAGCAGUGGCACUUACAAUGUUUGGAGAAAUAUGCUGUUUUAGUUCCAUUUUUAUAAUGCAUGUCAGCAUUUUCUGGGAAAUUCUCAUAAUUGAGUUUCAUCUGUUCCCCACCCUCUACUGCAGACCCCCAUGCCACAUUCUGUUCUCUUCCAAAAGCUCCUCCAACCACGGGCAGGGGAGGGAGGUGGCUGUAAGGCAUAAAUAGCUAAGGGAGAAUUGGUGAAAAUUGAGUGUCCCACGUCAUAUGAGAUGAAGUGCUUUCAUCUAAGGCAAAUGCUUCAUUGGAGGCACGGCUAUGUUUCUUCCAUACAGAAAGUGAUAGGAAUAGACGAUGAUGUUUUUUUGGGGGGAAAACAUUUUCUGUUUGGGUAACUGCUUGGGGAAGUGAAACAUGGUCUUGGAAGGAGGGAGUGGGAAUUAGUUAUGUAGACUGUUUCUUGCUUGCUUCAAAGAAACAUGUUUGCUCAAAAUGCUACAGAGCUUCGCUGGAGCCAGCACUUGCUGAUGCUGGGAUAACGGGCUCCUCUUGGAGGCCAACCUAAAUAACUGGUAUUGAACACAAUCUUCAGCUUCUACAUCCUUUAAAGGCAGGGGUGGGGAACCCGUGAGCCUCAAGAUGUUUCUGGACUCCAACUCCCAUCAGCCAACAUGGCCAGUGGCCAUGGAUGUAGGGAGUUGUAGUCCAGCAAUAGACGCCACAGGUUCUCCCUGCCCCUGCUUGGAAAGAAAAUCUCUUAGUUUUAUAAGGAGCUAGUAGACCAUGGCCAUAUACUAGGUUUACCAUGACCUGGCAGGAAUGAGCUGAUAGUGGCUUUAGAAGUUUAAUGCUGGAAAACGAUUGCCUUUAAAUCUUGCCUGUUCGUAUUUUAUUGUAUGUCUUGUUCUUCAGUGUUUCUUCCUGUGUAAAAUAUAAACGUAAGAAUUGUCGACACACAGUCCCCAUUGGAGGAUUUGUGUGAAGUCAGGGUGUGGGAGGGGAUCAAAAAUGAAGGCAGUUUUUAAAAUGGUAAUUUUAAACAACGACAAAGGUUUGAAUUGAGCAGGAACGGAGGAACACGGGAGUGAUGAAGGAAUGAAGAGUUGAGGUGAGGUGUAAAGCGAGGUGGUAGUUGGGGUUGGUGAGAAACGUGAGUCGGGGCAGGAGCUCUUGGCAAAAUAUAUUUAUUGUAAACCAUUCUUAAGCUAUGCUGUUGGGGUUUUUUUGAGUUGCAGCACAGUGCCAUAGCAUUGGUGAUUGCCUUAUCUUCUCCCCUGCAGGCAUUCCGUACUCCUGAAGAACCUCAAGCCAAUCCCACAAGCAGCUCCUCUGGAAAGCUGGAACACUGUGCCAGGGAAGAAGAUAAAAAAGCCAAUUUCACCCCAUGGGCAGUUCAGUCAUUUUGGUAGGUUUCCUUCUGCUUUUGCAUAUUGUAUGGACUUUUUGGGGGGGGUCAGGCAGUCUGCCUGUGAUAAAUCCGGCAACCUCUUGUUGUUUCAGAUGGAGACUUCAGAGGGUCAAAGAAUCCAAACAAGGCAAUGAAAAACGCAUCAGGGCUACCUCCUCGACUGCACAGCACAAGGCAGCAUCACAUGUCCUGCCCUGGGAUUUAUUUCCAGCAAACUUCUCCUGAACACAGCACUCCAGGCAGAAAUCCCUCUCAGGCAUUAAGGUGAACUCAGCCUGUCACUAAAACUUCUUAAUUUGGAGGGCUUGGUAUUUUAUUCUUGGUGCUUUUAGGGAUCACAACUCCUGAACAUUCAUGAAUAUUCUAAUAUAGGGCUGCUUCCUGCUCAGAAGCUUCCUCUCAUUGUCAGAUUUCUGAUCUUGAGAGCAGUGCCUUUAUAGCAAUAACUGUUGUGAUGACCUGUGAGUUUCCCCCCAAGAGACAGAUGUGCUCCUCAGUCCUAGCAGAGGUGUGAACAUUGGUCCUGAGGCAGUUAACAGUCUGCCAAUCUUUGAAUAUGGGUGAGUUUGUUCCAGUGGGUUGAGGCUUUAGAUUGGUGUUGUGGGAAAGGUUAGUGUGGAUGAACCCAUAACCUGGCAGUCGCUUCCCUCCCUCUUUAAAAAAAAAAGUCAUUUAGCCAUUGCGUCUCAUGAGGUGUACAGUACCUUAAUUGUAUUUUCUAAAUCGAACUCAACUGAGCAUUUGAAUAAUUAUGGGAGCGGGUAUUAUACCUGAUGUCCUUUUGGAAAAGGAGCUAUUUAAACUGUUUAAGUGGCUGUAAACCAUUUCUUCCCCUCUUCAGAAGGGCAGGUCGUGAGAGAACAGAAGACUUGGAGUAUACGAACAGCAGAGAUUGUAACUACUUUGGCCUUUCUCCAGAGGAGCGCCGGGAGAGAGAGGCCAUAGAGGAAACACAUUCACUUUAUGAGAUUCAGUUCUGGGAUGAAGUAGCCUUUCCUGCGCUUUCGGUACGUGUACAAGACACAGAACGCUUCUUGGAGCGCACUGUUUCCUUGCUCAGUGAAUGAUGAAAAUGAGUUGCAAAAUCAGUGCUGCUUCUCUUCUCACUGCUGCAGUGUUAACCUGGUAUAUCUUUUUAUGACAGUUUUUAAGUAUGGUGUAAAUAUAGUGGUAUCAUAACAGAAGAGACACAGUGCAAUAAUCCCCACACCCCACCGAAAAUACCCAACCAGAAGAACCAACACUGUGGAAUGUUUUGCUUCUAGAAUAAGGUUCUGGGCAACAGUGGUGCCAAAGUAGAUUUAUGUUCCUGCCUAGCACACAAGGGUAGACUAGAGCCAAAGUAUUAAAGUUGCCACCCCCAAGUCAAAUGCUUCAAAGGCGAGGAAGCAUCAUUUAACAUGGAUGGAUUUAUUUGUAUUCUAUAUAAUUUUUCUGCUACAAAACAGGACACACACGUCAUAAAACAUGCCCCUCCCUCCUCACGUAAUCUCCACAACAACUCUGUGAGGUAGGUUAGGCUGAGAGGCAGGCCCGAGGUCACCCAGUGAGCUUUGUGGCCAAGUGGGGGAUGGACCCCGGGUCUACUGACACUACUGUCAACUACUGGUGGGUGGGUACCCACAGAGUGGGUGCUCUCAAUAUCACUGGAGACCCCACCAAGGGCAGUUUGCUUAGGAAAUCUGGAACUGGACCUGUCUGCUUCUGUUUCUUUAAUUAAGGAGUUUAGACAAGGGGGGGUGAUUCAUGGAAUAGGUAAAGGUAAAGGGACCCCUGACCAUUAGGUCCAGUCGUGACCAACUCUGGGGUUGCGGCGCUCAUCUCGCUUUAUUGGCCGAGGGAGCCGGCGUACAGCUUCCGGGUCAUGUGGCCAGCAUGACUAAGCCGCUUCUGGCGAACCAGAGCAGCGCACAGAAACGCCGUUUACCUUCCCUAUUUAUCUACUUGCACUUUAACGUGCUUUCAAACUGCUAGGUUGGCAGGAGCAGGGACUGAACAACAGGAGCUCACCCCAUUGCGGGAUUCGAACCGCCGACCUUCUGAUCGGCAAGUCCUAGGUUCUGUGAUUUAAUCCACAGCGUCACCCGUGUCCCUUCGAUUCAUGGAAUAGUAAUAAGUAGUACUGAAGGUUAGGGACAGUAUUUGGCCUUGUAACUAUCAUAAACCAGCAAGAUAUUAGCCAUCAUUCCUCUGGCAUUCCAUUCUGCUGAAACUUUUCUUCCUCUCCCUCAUCUCCCCCCGCACCAAAUGAGAAGGACAGAGGAGUGUCAUAAAAUAUAACUGAAAAGCUGGAUUGUCGUUAUAAUCUGUGGAAGCUACCAGAUGUUGUCCUCGUACUGGACAGAAUCCAAUAAAUUGUGGAAUGUAUAUUUUAAACACUUCCAUUUCAUACAUGGUGCUCCCACAGUGCCACUUUUAGAAUUGAGGCUGGGGGAGGUCAAAAGCCAUUUGUGAUGCAAUGAGAGCAACUGCUUUACAAGGGUUUUUGUUUUUUAUUUUUAAAAAGCAACCCCACCGGCUGCACCUAAAAUGACUUUUUGGAUCUUGGCCUCUGUGAUUUGUCUCCUAGUUGCGCAGCUACCGAGAACGUGUUAUACAUUCAUAAUGGUAUAAAUCACUUAGUUGGCUUAUAGGACCAUGAUGGAAUUUUCUGGCGAUAGAAAGGCAACUGUGACCGAAGGAGGUCCUUUGUGUGGGGGUUUCCCCCUUUUGAGACUGUUACUCUUCCCACCCACCCCAUUCUUAAUGGAAUUUAACCUACAUUUUAAAGCAUCAGAUUUGUAAUUUUAAGGCUGUAGUCUUCAGCACAGUUAGUUUUCAUUGGUGGGCAGCCUGCAGCUUUCCGUAUGUUGUUGGAACUACAGCUGCUGUCAUCCCUGAUCAUUGGCAGUGCUGUUUGGGACUGGUUGUUGGGAGUUGAAGUCCAUCAGCAAUGGGAGGGUCACAGAUUAGGCAUCACUGUUUUGUAGGAACUUUCCUCCCCCUCCCCCUUUAAUGUAUUAAGGCUUCACACAAACAAUGUAUUGGGGCUAGGACAAUGGGCAUUCUCAUCUUAUGCCAAUGAGGAACUCAGUUAAGUAGAGCUUAUACAGUACUAGUAGGAGAGCAGUGAUCGAGGUCUUUUCAGGUGGUAGGACUCUGCUAUGACUGUUAGGACCAGGCCCUGUUGAUAAAAAAUGUGGCACACAUUAGUUCUUAGUUUUUCUUUUAAAAAACUCAAUUCUUUCAGAACCCAGCAGUGUCUCAGGUAGCUACUCAAACUACUGAUAACACUGGAUGGAGAAAACACCGAGCAUCUAAUGGAGGAGGAGGAAGAAGAAGAAGUAGUUUGAAAGAAGAGAAGGGGAAAAGCAAAAAUGUGGAAGCAAAAGAGGGAAAAGGUAUAAAAAAUGGAAAAUGGGUUUAAAACUGACACAUCCUUAGUUGAAGCUCUUCUGUAGCUUUUGUGAAAUAAGGAAGUUACGCAAUAUGAGGGCAUUUGGGGCAGGGUGGGGAUUACUUUAAACACUUGCCGAGUUUGGGAAAAGCAGCUGAACGGUAUUUUAAAUGACAAGACAGUGUAGAAACCUUCUCUAUCCGUCAUCCAUAGCUAGCUUGACCACUGGGGAGGGAUGAUAGGAGUUGUACUCCAAUAACAUCGGGGGAAUCUAAAGCUGAAGCCUGAGUCAUAAUAUCUUGACUUUGUUAAUGGUACUUUUUAUUUUCCUGUUGCAGACUCUAACCCCGGGCAGAUCCUCAUAGAUCAGAAUUUUGAGCCAAAAAUAUCUGAGGUAAAAACUCAAAAUUUGGUGAGCUGUGAUGUGCACCGCAAAAACCGUAGCCUUUCACAAAACGAAAGCUUAUAAAGCAACUGUGUUAUGUCCAUUUUGACUUCCAGAACCAUGGAGAAGCUUCACGAAUAUCGCCUCCCUCAGGUCAUGGGGAUUCGCAAUCCCCGUUUUUGGAACAAGUAAGAGAUUUUGUGCUUAAAUUCUAUCACUCUUUUUGGUGGCAAACUUAGCUUCCUCUUUUCUUCCUAUCGCGGGUUCAGAUUACAGCGGAAUGCCUCAUAUUCCUGGAUGCUAGUAGGUUGGAACUUUGGGCACAAUUGCCAGAAACAGCGUUUGGGAAGAGCUUAUUUAACAGGAUGAGGAUUUGUUUGGGGUGCACACUAUUAAUCAGAGAGGAAUGCCUUAAUUAAAGCAGACGCUGAUCUGGUUUAGUAAUGGAUGCCGAGCCCCUCCACAUAAUAGGUAUCUUAGACCGGAUCUAGUGCCACUUGAUUUCUCUCACUUGGUAACGGUAAAACUGCUCACUGGCUCAUUGAAUCCACCUGAAGUCGCAUAUGCUGUGUAGCUGACCUGGUCAGCUCAGAGUGCUAUGAUGGCUAAUUGGAACCAAUGGGUCCAGAAACAGUAUACCUCUGAACGCCAGAUACUAGGAAUGAACAGGGAAAGAUGGUGACUUUCAUGCCCCACUAGUGCCUGUUCUUGGAAGCAUCUGGGUAGGGUUCGGUAGGGUCUUCUGUUGCCUAUUUGCCUUAGACCUAUCUUUCCUGCCUAUCUUUCCUGCUGUCAAGAGGGUUCAGUCCUCAUGUACAACUGGUUGCGUAAGAAAGCUGUCAUAGAAAACUGUCCAGGGAAGUUUUUAGCGUGUGAUGUUGUAUUGUGUUUUUACUAUUUUGUGUUGGGAGCCCCCCCCCCCCAACUGGCUGGGGCAACCCAGUCAGAUGGGCAACAGCAUAAUAAAAAUUAGUAAUAUUUGGUUUAUAUUUUGUAUGAGUUUGUACUUUGGGGCUGCAGCCCUGUGCUCGCUUAACAGAGAAGUAAGACUGGUUUAACUUGGCGAGACUUCUGAAUAAAUGUCAUUCGAGUUGACUUCGAAGUUAUUAUAAUACCUUCUCAUUCCUGGGAAGGAGGGUAUGUUGAGUUUUGCCACUGAGUUAAAUUUUUCUCUUGGUUGAGCAUUUGAUUUGGGAACAUUUCUAAGUUUUCUCUGUGGCGUCUUCGUAUUGCAGAGCUUCCAGGAACACAUACCAGGCGUGACUCCUCCUCCAUCUUUGGCCUUUCACGAGAUGCAUUUGCCUCCUCCAGUGCCUUCUGUGCCAGCCGUUGUGCCCGCUUGGCCAAAUGAGCCAACAACCUAUGGACCAACAGGUUUGGAGAAAUAAAUAGCUUGCUCAUCCAAAAAGAACGAGGUCCUUUAAUGUCAUACCUUGCUAUAAAAUGGUUCUUAAAAAUCUGUCAUGGAAACUGCUAAUACAGACUAAAUAUUUUUUAAAGAGACAUUAUCAACAUUAAAUACUUCGCCUAUCGGAUCUCAGGGUGUCUGGUUGUUACGGUAAUCCCACAAUCCCUGUAUUUUACACCUGAUCAAUCCACAUCUCGUUCCACAAACUGACUUUUUAAUUUGUUCUUGGUGUUACUCUUACCUAGAUCUAGACAAUUUUCUGUGUUCUUGUUUUUGUUUUUCCACCCUUUGUGUCUUAGGUCUUCCACCUCAGAUACCCGUGUCCUCAGUGAUGCCGACGCCGGUGACUGGGCUAGAUCCCUCUCUGUCCCCAGUCCAUGUGACCUCCAGUCCAGUUACUGGGAUUCCAGUAUCUCUCCAAGCAGUGAACCAGCCUCUAAUGCCUGUGCCUCAAACCAUGAACCUUUACCAGGACCCACUUUACCCUGGAUUCCCUCUAAACGAAAAGGGGGAGCGAGUUGGUACACCACCUUACUCCUUGUGCAGCACAGGGGAGGAUCUUCCCAAUGGUAAGGGGAAGGAACUUUAUCACCAUAGCUCAAGGGGAAUAUUGUUGUUAAGUUUGGUCAAAAUCUAGGCUAGGGGUGGGUGGGUGUAACUUGGAGAGCAAGCAUCGGCUGUCUUAAAGCAGCCACAAAUAGAAUUAUAUAGGAAACUUUCUAGCCUUGCAUCAAUUAAGUUCCACUGAGGGUAGGCCAGAGGCAGCAUGCCCCAUUUUGCCACUUGAGGUGAAUCAAGCAAGUUCUGUGUCACCUGCCGCUGCUGCACCACAGCUGCCACAGAAGCAGUGCUGAUUUCCAGCAAGAUCUUGUAAUCUCGCUUCUCCACCAGUGGCAGAGGUGGUGGGGUUUGUGGUGUGCUCAAGGGGGCGCCACCUGAGGCUUCUGCUGCCUGAGGCGGCUGCUUCACCCUGCCUCAUGUAUGAGCUAGCCCUGGAGUAGACCGUUGAAAUUAAUGGGCCAAAGUUGGUCAUGUUGUAAAUUUAAGUGGGUGGUAUUUACCUGUGUUUUUACUCAAUUAGACCCAUUAAUGACCACAACCAUUAAUUUCAAUAGGUCUACUCUGAGUAAAGAAUAGUUGAAGAUCCCCCCCUCAGUGGAUUUACUCAAGAGUUUGGCUAACAGAGAUAACACUGCAUCCUUAUUUCUGGCUUCUAUAUGACUUAUAGGGUGCAGUUCUAGUUGUGCUUACUCCCACUGUGUCCAACAAGGCUUACUCCCAAUUUAAUGUGCUCAGGAUUGGAAUUUGACUGGUCUGUUGAUAAGCUUGCCGUUUAAGAAACAUACGGGCUUGUAGGAAAUUGUGCGUGGGAGCAACAAUGAGGAUUGAAAGGUCUAUAGGGAAUCUGUGGCUGUUUAAUACCAUAUUGUUUAGCAAGGACAGGUGUACACUAGAUUAUCAAUGGAAUGAAAAAUGUGUCAAUAGUUCAUAGAGGUUACUGCCCUCUGGAGCAGUGUUGUUUCUUGUCUUCCAUCUCAUUGCCUAAUUUGGUCAAGUUUUGUAACCCUAAAAAUAUGUGUAAGCAAUACACUUAGUCAGUACUGCAAGUCUUCUGUAUGUCAUAGAUUCAAGUCCUUUAUUUAAGUGUGGCAUUAAACCUUGAGUUGAUUCCCAGGCCAUAUUACAAGACAGUAAUCUCUUUUGCGUGCAAUACUAAGCCAGUGUCUGGUUCGUGGCUUAUCUCCCACAGACAAACAGGUGGAAUGCUGUAGAACAUACCUUGGCUACAGGUGGUGGUACACCUGAAAUUGAAAAAACCUUAAGACCAGUUUCAAAUGCAAUACUAAGCAAAACCAUGAGUUAGCAGCAGCAGCAGCAUGAGCAGAGGAGGAGCAAAGUGGUCACUAUCUUCUCUCUCAGAACUCAGUUGCUUGUGCUAUGAAUCAGUAGAAAUGAAAAGCUUUAGAUGAGGUGACACAGUUCAAAGUGACUCUCUCUCUCUCUCUCUCUCUCUCUCUCUCUCUCUCACACACACACACACACACACACACACACACACAGGAAUUGGGGGGAAACCCUUUGAAUUUGUUUUACUUUUUCCUUUUCUCAGAUAAAAAUACCCUCCGGUUUUUCUUCAACCUUGGUGUAAAGGUAAGUUAUCUGUAUUUUCCACUUCAGUAUUGCAGAACCAAAAUAUGCAUGAGCCCAGAUUUAUUUAUUUUUUAAAAGAAGUAGCAGUUUUAGAGAAAUUGAAUGCUUCAGAAUUUUGGUUGUUUUGAAGUUGGAACAGCUCACCUCCGAAACAACUAAAAAAUCAAGUCCUUUCAUCUAUUAUCUUUCUUGAUUGCCUGUCUUUUGGCCAUAAUGACUCCCAAGGCAGUUCAUAGUAAAAAUGUAAGUGCUUUACUGUUAAAACAAGUCAAAAGUAGGUUGGUGACAAGUAGGUGGGUUGUAACCACACACACUUAUGGAAGGUGUCAGGUUACAUAUACAGCCCAUAUGCACUGGGGGCUUGGCUUCCUUGUAGUUCCUUCACCUGCUCAUGGAGCAGAUAGUGGAAUAAGGUGAAUAGCUCUUCUUACUAUAUUUGGCUUAUGCUCAAAUGCAUUUGGCCAUGUUAAGCUUAUAUUAACAUGGAAAAGUCUCAUUGAAAUGUAAAACAAUGGAAAGACUAUCUGUUUAGAACUAACUUGGCACAUCUAGCGUGCCUACUGUUAGGGGCAGGUUAUGCCUGUGGUGAGAAUGUGGUCUUAUUUGAGCCGAUCACAUCUCAGCUUAAUAAAUCAAGAUAAGAGCACACCAUUUGGCUGUACAUGCAUCCCAGCCCCUUGAAUCCUCAACCCUCCCUUCACAGCGUAACCAAGCAAAUGACAAUUUGCUUUUAACAACUCGAACUUUUUGCAUUGUCCGAAUUAGAGAACUAUGGUUAACAGCUUUGGAGCAAGGCAGGAGAUGAAAGCCAUAAUUUGAAGUUGGCUUUCAUAUCCUAGCUUCUCCUAGUAUAGUUGGCCGGAGUUUCCUGGUCCAGAUGAAAAUGAAAACUUGUGUUGAUGGAAAACUUCCUAGUUUGCAAAGAGAGGCUUUAACAUCUCACCAACCUGCAGUCUUUCAGGACAGAUGGACAGAUGUGCUGCAUAAAAUCUAUCUCCAGAUAGGAUAAAAUCCAAAUGCACCCUAUUGCACCACCUGCUGGUUGCAAACAGUAAAGUAGUCCCAAGAAGCAAGUCUUUAUUCUGCUCAGCUGUGCCACCACAAUCUCCUUGUAUGAGGGGGUAUUGUAAUAGUGUGGCCGUCACCUUAUCAAAUAGUUAAAAUUAUUGCUGUUCUAUUAAGAGUGCUUCUGGGAGACCCAGAAGAAAAACCUUAAGCCCGUUUAGGAAGGUUUGCCAAUAUGUGGGGGCUACUUUAUAAGGGGACACCUUUAGCGUAGCAAUGUGAGUUAAUGUAAUGAUAUGCUAUUGAGGUGUGUCAUGCAUUAGGGAAAAUAACCUAUGCACAUUAGAACUGUAACUGGAUGAUGUUAACCAACAUACUGCAUUAGGCAUGAAAAACAAGAACUUGAAAAACUAGAUCGAGGAUUUUUGUGUGUGAAGGUUCAUCCAAAUUUUCCUUGAUUGCGUUUCUGCAGGCAUACAGUUGCCCCAUGUGGGCCCCUCACUCUUAUCUGUACCCUCUUCAUCAGGCUUGUCUAACAGCCUGCCGAAUGUACCCAAAGGUGUCCCUGGCAGUGUAUUCCCACAACCCUUGGAUGCAAGAGGUUUCUUUAUCUCAGAACGGAAACGAAGCUGCCCGAAUAGACGGACACUUGCCUGGGCAGAAUGAAGUCGGAAUGAAUGGCCAGAGUCCGCAGACUGACACCCGGCCUCCAUCUGUGCCCCUCUUCAUACCUGCAGCUCAGGUGCCUGAAAGCCAAGGACUUGUCUGUGUAGAGUCUGAGAAUCUAGGGCAAGGCCUUCCGGCUGAAUACGAUGAGUCCUUCGGGGGCCAAAGCGUGUUCCCACAACCUCCGUUUGGGCAGAAUCAAUUUCUAGGACCUGUUCCUGUUGCACCAGUGUACUCUCAACUUUGGUAUGGGUAUCCUGUUCAGGGCUAUGUUGACAAUUCUGGGGUGAGACAAGUGGUUGUGCCUCCUGUGGACAAGAGAGCUGAUGCCGGCUUGCCGAAGGAGGGCCUUGCUGCAGCGACGGGAUACUCCGAGUCGUUUCAGAAGGCAAGGAGUGAAAACAGCAGCCAAGGCUCACCUCUCUCUGCAGCCACUGCAAAGAAUGACUGUAAUGUUCUAAAUAAAACCUCAACCAGAGUGCCUAGGGAGAAGCAGGCUUGUCCUACUGCGCCAUCUGCUACACAAGCAGAGUCUCCACUCCAAAACCCAUCCACAGAGAUGCAGGACAGCAGGAGACAGGUGGUGUCAACGCCAAAAAGAGAAUUGAAAAACUCUUCUUUUAGCCAUAAAGAGAAGAAUGACCAGGCCAGUGCAGGCCUGGAGGAUUGUCGGGUACAAAGGCCAAGGGAAGAGAGUUCUGAAGAUGAGCAUGAAGUGUGUGAUAUGCUGAGGAGUGGCCGGUCAAAACAGUUUUAUAACCAAACUUAUGGAGGCGGCAGAAGGCCUAGAGGCGAAUGGGGCUACCCUCCUGGACGGGGGGGAUACCAUUACUCAAGAAAUGAAGAAACCUGGCGGGGGCCACACAGCAGAAGCCGAGAUGAUGGCUUUCAGUAUCACCGCAAUUAUAGAGGAAGGCCGUAUCGGAAUGACAGAAGAAGAGCAAACAUGGGAGAUGGUUAUCGUGGGCAGCAGCUGCCUUAAGAGCACUUCUUCCGGAAGGCUUCAACAUGCACAUGAAUGUUGACAGCUGAAAUGUGCCCAAAGGUUUCCCCUCCUUGUUUUCUUUAAAGAGCAGAAUUCCCUUUUCUAUUUUUGAAGAGUGACGUGAGGCCCAAGGGGAAUAGCCUCAUGAGUGUUAAAUAACUUUUGGAAAUUAAAAAGAAAUAAAUGCUAGUUGGUUUAUUUAAAUUCCGAAAACUAUAUAAACUAUUGUGUUUAAAAUAUUGAAAGGUAGGUUUGGUGUUUGGACUUUUUCUUUGGAAUUUAUAAUAGAAAAAAAGUGGCUACAAUGGAAACCUACUGCAGUUGAGUAUUUUGACAGAUGACAGUGAAGAAUGUUGAACCAAAUAGAAUGUAUGUCCUCGCAUACUGCCUCUUGGGUCUAAACACUUGUAGCUUCCUGGACAGUUGACUUUGAUGUGCUUCCAAUCCAAAGGCCUUUCAUCUCAAAAAUCUGUGAAACUUGAACAUGUGAGGUUGCGUUUUGCUUCAGUUAAGAUGCCACAUACGGUAGUCAACUAUCCUUGUGUGUCCUAGGUGGUUGAUAGUGUCUUACUCAUAGGGGUAUAUAUUUUUUAAUUUUAUAAAGCAUUUCUUGAACUUGUAAAAAGCAAUCAAGAAUACUAGUGUAUAAACUGGUAGGAAGUUGUGAAUUCUUCCAGGCAGUCUUAACACUGGUAUGAUUGUAAUGGUGCCUAUGCCAACUAUGUACCCUCGACAAAAGUACAUUUCCAAAAUAGUUUUGCAACUGUUACAACAGAACUUUUAAGAUACUUUUGCACUGACAAAUCCUUAAAACACUUGCUGUGUGAGAAAUGCAUGGGCUAGAUCUAAGCUUCCCUUUUCUGUUUAAGCAAGGCUUAGGCACUGAGUUGCUGUUAAGCCUCCUUUGCCUGCCCCUUUACGCUGUGGAAAUGUUUGUAUUGUUUGUUCUUUCCUUUUUUAAAAGCCUCCUUCCUGCCUAUAUAUAUAAAUAUAUAUAUAAAGCCUGGUUACCCAUCUUUGAGUGGGAGAUUUCUAAUUUACAUUACACUAUCAGUCUGGUUGCUUUCUUUUGCCUUACAAAGCACUGAAAUAUGUGCUCCAUUUUUUUCCCUCUGUAAAGUUGAACUGUGUAUAUUUGUGUGUGUAUAUCAGUGGAGAAGGUGAUGGCUACUACUAUUUUGUGUCCAAGAGAUUGUAUAACUUCCAUCAGGAGACUUGAAUGAUACUGUUUAUGAGUAUCCUUCUGAUGCAUGCUAUAAUUAAAAAAGUGUUGUUUUUUCUGAAUUUCUUUAUAUGGUGUGAGUGGUUUUUAAACAUCUACUUGAUAACUAGAUGUGAGUGAAACUCAGGUGUAGAUUAGGAAGCUGAGUAAAGUUUAGCUUGCAACAACUUUGCAACUAAAGCUUAAUACCUAGUUUAAAAAAUACCCAGGAAUAGUUGGGCUUGGCAGAGCAUAUUUUC